AAGUGGCCGGAGGAGCAGCGGGAGAGAGCGGUGAAGGGUUAAAGGAGGGCAGCGUGGAGAGAGCGUCUCAGCAUGGAUGAGGGCGAGCAGAGCGCGCCUAGAGAUGAUGAGCCCAACCGGGCCACCGACCGCUCCAUCCGUCCGGCUCCGGGCAACCCGCAGCCGCUCCCUCACCGCAUCACCAACUUCUUCAUAGACAACAUCCUCCGCCCCGAUUUCGGCAAGAGGAAGGAGGUGAGCAGCCAGCAGGCUGAGAGCGGUGGCCCCGCAGGGCCGGAGGACGGCGGCGGGAGGAGCCCCGCGACGCCCGGACCGGGUCGCCUGGGCAGCGGCGGGCCAACGGAGGGCACCUCCAGCCCACACUCGGAGGACGGAGCGAAGAAAGCAGAGAUAGAAGAGCCAUUAAAAGCCAAGGGGGGCAACAAGGAGCAGUGCCUGAGCAGCUCGGAGUCGGACACCUCUCAGUCCAGCGCCAACCUGCCCAACAGCCAGCCCAUGCUGUGGCCAGCCUGGGUCUACUGCACGCGCUACUCGGACAGACCCUCAUCAGGUCCCAGGUCCCGCAAACCAAAGAAGAAGAGCGCCAGUAAGGAGGACAAGCGCCCGCGCACGGCCUUCACCGCCGAGCAGCUGCAGAGACUGAAGGCCGAGUUCCAGACCAACCGCUACCUGACCGAGCAGAGGCGACAGAGCCUCGCGCAGGAGCUCGGCCUCAACGAGUCCCAGAUCAAGAUCUGGUUCCAGAACAAGAGAGCCAAGAUCAAGAAGGCUACAGGGACCAAGAACACGCUGGCCUUGCACCUGAUGGCCCAGGGACUCUACAACCACUCCACCACGAACACGACCACCACCACCACCACCACCACCACCACCAAGGGGGACAAGUCGGACAGCGACUGAGAGAGAGAGAGAUGAUGAUGAUGAUGAUGAUGACGAUGAUGGUCCUCCUUAUAUUCCCAAUGCAAUAAUUCACCAAGGGCCAGUGGACAAGCAUAAACAUACCAGCAUUACUGAAGCUAAAAUAGAAAAAAAAAAUUGUCAAAAAAAUAAGAAUCUGAUAACGAUUACGAUCAGCUUGUUGAUCAGCUUGUUGAUCAGCUUUCGCGCGUGAGGGGACAGGAGAGAAACCCAUUGCAUUCUCCAUCUGUCAGUGUUACAUUCGGCUAUCACACAAAAGCACGUGGGAGAAAAGAAA